GAGUGCGCACAUGUUCACUCCAGACUCAGACUACUGUAAGAUGAGAGAAUAUUAUCUUUCGUUAGACGCACCAAAAAUUUCUCUUCCGAGGACGUAAAGCUGAUUUGCCUCUGAAAUCUCGAGGCUAGGUGCAGACACUCUGGUGGAGUUGUGUUUGUGGAUCGGUGGUGGGUGCGUGAAUAGUAGGAGAUUUGAACAUGAGUUCAAGCAGUAGAAGCAUGAGCCGAAGCAGGAGCAGGAGCAGAAGCAGGAGUCCACGAGAUCGCAGGGUUCGAUCUCAACGCUCUUCAUAUCGUGAUGCUCCUUACCGGAGGGAUUCACGUCGGGGUUUCAGCCAAAGCAACUUGUGCAACAACUGCAAGCGGGCAGGACAUUUUGCAAGAGAAUGCCCUAAUGUGGCUAUUUGCAACAACUGCGGUCUUCCUGGGCACAUUGCAUCAGAAUGCAGCUCAAAGGCGCUAUGUUGGAAUUGUCGAGAAUCAGGACACAUGGCCAGCAAUUGUCCCAAUGAAGGCAUCUGCCAUUCAUGUGGCAAGUCUGGUCAUCGUGCCAAAGAUUGCCAUAAUUCUGAGCUGCCAGCUGGUGAUGUGAGGUUGUGCAACAAUUGCUAUAAACCAGGGCAUUUUGCUAAUGAAUGUACAAAUGACAAAGCAUGCAAGAACUGCAGGAAGACCGGCCACAUUGCUCGCGAAUGUCAGAAUGAACCAGUUUGCAAUUUGUGCAACAUAUCCGGACAUGUAGCUCGGCAAUGCCCAAAGGCUGAUUCGCUUAGAGAGAGGGGUGGCAGUGGAAGCUAUGGUAGUUUUAGAGAUGUUGUCUGCCGGAGCUGUAAUCAGAUUGGUCACAUGAGCAGAGAUUGCAUGGGUCCUCCCAUGACCAUGCCCAUGGUGAUCUGCCACACCUGUGGUGGCAGGGGACACAUGUCAUUCGAGUGUCCUUCGGGUAGUAGAUUCAUGGAGCGUUUUCCUCCUUAUCAUCGCAGGUACUGAGCUCACAAAAUUAGUGGUCUAUUCGAGGAUUGGAGGUUAUGGUACCGAGUAAACUACGUAUUUUGUUCUGGGUUUUUAUUUGGUGACUUAUUUGACAAAUUGUUUAUGUAACUGAAUUAUGGCCUUGGGUAACUACUGUCAAGGUGGUUUUUAAUUUCUGAACGUUGUUUAGGUAUUUGACGUUGUUUGGUAUUGACUUUACAGUCGACUAAUGGUAUAGGAGCUAAACAUUAUUGGUUUGUGCACCAAUCAUAUAGACAACAUGCCACCGAAAUAUUCAAUUGCUC